AUGACGCCGGCACUUAUUCUGGACCAGUUCCACAUCAUAAGGGACCUCUUUCUAUCUCCUGCAUAUGCUGACAUCUUCAGUGGACGGGUUUCUGGACAAAGAUUUCAGCCAGGGCAUAAGGCACUGGAGAUUUGUCAGACCGCUGCCGCUGAUUUUGAGUACCUCUUCAACUACAAAAACCAGAUUCUUAUGGACAAUGUGCCGUUUAGUACGAAGUUGAUGCCAAACCUGAGACGAGCUUGUCAAAACAUGAAGGGCGGAUACAACUAUUUUACGGAGAUAAUUGAAAAAACUUCACAGGAAUCCAAAGGUACAAUGCCCGACUGUCUCUACACAUUGCUAUUGAAAGAACGUGAGGAGGGAAGGAUAUCAAAGGAAAAUGUAAAAGGAGUUCUGAUGGAUGCCCUUCUCGGAGGUAUUUUCACAACAAAACCAACCAUGUACACUGCCCUAGCUGCAAUGGUAAACUUCUCUGAGGUCCAAAAGAAGAUCCAGCAGGAGAUCCAGAGGGUGGUGGGGAAAGACCGACUUCCGGGUUUGGAGGACCGAAACAAAAUGCCCUACACUAGGGCUGUGGAACUAGAAUCACAUCGUUACUACACUCCUGCCAGUUUGCCAGGUCCAAGGAACACUACACAAGACUGCACUUAUAAUGGUUACAGAAUCCCAAAGGGCACACUGGUUAUUUACAACGUGUGGCGUGUACACCACGACGAAUCAUUUUGGGAGAAUCCCUUCACGUUUGACCCAACCAGAUUCUUGGAUGAACAUGGCGAACUGCUUCCACCGGAGGAUGAGAAGCGUCAGAGAUUGCUGACGUUUGGUAUCGGAAAGCGUUCUUGUAUUGGUGAGAAGCUGGCCCGAGUCAGGAUAUUUCUUGGACUGACGUCGAUCCUGCAAAACUUCGAUCUGACUCAUGAUCCAUCUGAGCCUUUCCCUUCAUCCGACCCCCGCACAUACGAAACUAAAUUUCUCUUACAACCACCUCCAUACAAGUUGCAGUUCAAACCGAGACAUUGAGAGCCGCAAUGUCCGACACACAUAAGCUUUGAGAUUUGUCGUAAGUGGUAGACAAGUGUUCUGUCGUGUAGCCACCCAUUGUCCUAGAUGAUUAAGCAGCGUAGCUGUAUACCUUUAUCAAAAUACAAAGCGCGAAUUGUAACACAUCUUAACCUAAACCUGUAAUCACUGAUAUUGAUAAGAAAAUAAUAAUAACCGUCCACUUUUAUAGCGCUAUUCCAUUAUGUGCUAUUAUUAUUAACCCGGAUAGUCCAAGCUGCCUGUGAGCCGCUGGAAGGUUGGUAGUCACAUGGCUUAUCCCACCGGGUUCCCAUUUUCUGUUGGGUGAACAGAGGCAUUGUUGAACAAACUCACUUGCCUAAGGUGAGACCACAUGCAUCACUUUGUU